UUCUUAUUAAUGGUGAUAGUAUUGUGUUUGCAUGUGAACAAGACACUAUACGCUUCUAACUUUGUUGUUUAUAUUUAUAAAUUGUGUUUGCUGUCAUGUGAUUUAUGAAGUUGAACAAGAUACAGUGUACUUUGAAGAAGGAGGUCAUUAAUCAAUUCCGAAAAAUUCUCAAAGAAGGAGAGCUGUAUUCUAUAUCUCGAUUCACGAUAGUUCCAAAUAUUGGUGCAGCAAAAGUUGUAAAGCAUCGAUAUAAGUUGCUUUUUCGGUUUGACACGGAGGUUAUUCCAAUUUCUGAUGAUGAGUUUCCAGAGGCUUCAUAUUCAUUAGAGACUGUUGAAAGUGUUGUUCAGAUGGGACAAGAUUCAGUCUACUUGAUCGAUGUCAUGGGUUUCCUGAUAAGUGUUCGUGACUAUACUGAUGUUGAACUUGACGAUGGAAAAAAGUUUAAAUUAGUUCUCAUCCAAUUGUAUUCAAAUGGUAUCUGA